AAUCAAUUUGGUUUGGAAACCAAGUUAUCCAUGAUUUAAAACGUUGUCAAGUGCUGAUCUGUUUUGGCUCAAAAAACCAUCAAAAUUUCAGUUACCCAAGUCGCAAAAUUUAUAAAAAGUGAAAAAAUGCCCAAUUACCUUCCUCCCUCAAAUUUAAGCACCUCCGACAGCAUGGAAUCCACUGAACCACCAUACCCCACUGUCGAAAUCGUGAGACCACCUCCACAAGUUACCGGGGAAGCUCCGGACCACCGGAACAUCCUGCAGGAGAUGACCUUUCAUAGGAUUCAUUCACGGCUACUGGAGAUUGAUUGCAAAAUGAGCCGUCUGGAGUCGAAGUUUUACGAAAGUUUCUCCCGCCUGGAAUCCAGCGUGGCCAAGUGCCACCAAACCAUCGAGCUCGUUAACGAAUCGUUGGGGAGGCUGGGGAGAAACGGAACGUUAUAUGGUUCUGCUGAACCGCCGCCCCCUCGUGAAAUGGUGCUGAACUUGAAAUUCGGACGCAAGGAGCACAAGCAAUUGAUUCACACGAUCCACCAAGCGACGAAUCCUGGGGGGACAAGUUCCCUAUCGGAACAGGUCAUGAGUAAUCCUUCGUCUUCCUAUAAUGGAUGCGUCAUAGCGCGCAAACAAAGCGGGCUUCUCACUCGAAUCAAGAAUCAGGUUAGAAGUGCUUUCAGCGUCCCUUGCAUUGUAACACCCACGUUUGUGGUGUACCCCCCACCUGCGACCCCAACACCCCUUACAUCAGGCUCAACCAUGGGUACCAUGGUGACACAAGGACCCAUCAAUAACCAAGCAAGCCAUUUUGGAUCAUAAUUUUCUGAAAAACUGUCCAAAUCGGAAGCAAAAUUUCAAGUUGUCAGAAAUUCAAGAACUAAAAAAUUAAAAUCCAAUAAAAAUGUCUGUGGAAGAAAUCUACAUAAAUCGAAAUGUAAAUUCUUGUGAAUCCGAAUUGCAAAUUAGCGAAGUGAUUGAUCCCAAAAAGAUUGUGCCACUAACGGAAGCACUUCUUCACGAGAGGCAUUGCAACCUUUCGGCGGACGUUCAAGAACUGAUGAAGUCCUUCGAGCAACGCUUGCAAGACGUGGAAGCGAAGGUCGAACGCCUGCACGAUAUCUGCGAAGAAUGCACCCAAAGCGUCCAGGUGGAAUGCGGCUCCGAGUUGGCAAGUGUGGUAAGCUCCAUCCUGCCCUCGGAAACGGAAGAAGCCCAGGAGCGUCAGAUCCUGAAGUACAUCGUCAAAGAGGAAGGAUCAAAGGAUAUGACCAUGGUACCUACGGAAUCCCUGACGGAACUCUACGAUCGCAUGAUGGCCGAAAAAAAAGUUCGAGAAGCCAACUUUCGACGGAUGCGCCGUAACCAACAGUUUCGGGAUUUACUGCUGAACGGGGUCAUCGUUGAUCCGAGUAGCUGCAAGCGACUCCGGGAGGAACUUCCAUCGAGUUGUUCGAAGGGCGCGCCUGAGGAGGAGAAGAUCUGCAAGUUCAAAUGAGAAACGCGCUCACUUCUUAACCAAAGGACGCAUUCCUGACAAAUCACGCGCUAGCAAUAAAACCUAUUUGGUUCAAUCACAUA